AUGUUGUUCUGUAUCCUUGUCUUUGGCCUGUUGGCGUUUUGCCUCCAGUUCCUCUUCAAGAAAAUCGAACAGAUCAUCCCAUUCCCCAUCGGUCGGCAGAGUCUGCCGGGCAACACAGCAGAAGGUCGAGAGCUUGAAGAUGAUUCAGUGCACAGACAUCCCGGAAACCAGGCUGUUUCCGUCGAUGACCAGCGCCGCACACGCUAUCGACGAGGACAGCGUGGUUGGGAACACGUUGAACAGGCUGAAAACUCCGAUAUACUUGGGCAGACGAUUGGGCAAGAGGGAGACAUUCUGCAAAAUAUCGCCGAUGGGUAUUCGAUAGUCGUGGGCGCUGAACAGAGGGGUCCGGGUGCUCCUGCGCGGGCGGCCUACGACAAUGGUGCUCGAGCAUUGCAUGUUAACGGGGGAGACAACAUCAAUGAUCCACCUCCCGCAUAUACAUUCACAAACCAGGUCCCGGCGGAGGUGGACGAUGAGCAUCCACGUCGAACUCCCUCUGAGACAUGGGACUCUGAAGAAACAGCAGUAGACCGAACAGCAAGCCAUGCUGGGACGUGA